CAGCAGGGAGGAAACAUGAACUUCACAGCACUUUGCGCUGCCGUUGCCGUUGUGAGAAUCCUUCCAAACAGAUCUCAGUUCUUUCAGUACGAAUCAGUUACGCUGAGCUGUGUGGACAGAGAAAACUCUCCCGACUGGACGGUGAAGCGAAACACGACCAGCAACCAAACACCAGACUGGGGAAAGAGAAAUGGAUCGCAGCGUUUAAUAAACGCCGUUUACCCGUUUGACAGCGGACGGUACUGGUGUGAGUCCAGAACCGGAGCAUGCAGCGAGGCCAUUAACGUUACUGUGACUGAUGGCCCUGUGAUCCUGCAGAGUCCCGUCCUUCCUGCAGCCGAGGGGGAAGCAGUGAUUCUUCGUUGCAUCCAUGGCAACGCCUCUUCCUCUUCCUCCUCCAACUUUACGAGGUUUUAUAAAAACGGCCUCCUGAUGGGAAGCAGCUCGACUGGGAGCAUUACUGUCCGAGACGUUUCCGAGUCCGAUGAAGGUCUCUACAAAUGUAGCGUCGCUGGAGCGGGGGAAUCCCCCGAGAGUUGGCUGUCAGUCAGAGGACGUGAGCUAGAAUCCUUUCGCUUUCAUCCCGUAUACGUGUCACUUCCUGUUGUUGCCACCUGCCUCUUGUUUGUCUGCGGGAUGCUGCUUUACCUAAGGAGGAAGGUCAGAGCUGAAGUGGAUGAUGACGUGUCCUACACUGACGUCACCGUCCCACACGCAGAGCUGCCCGAGACAAACGCAGAGACGACUUCAGAGCUACUGCUGUACUCAACAAUCAAACCGGGAAGCUGCUGAGAGGAACCCGCCUGAUAUGAUCAAAGUCAUAUUCUUUGUUGGAUCUUUAUGUAUUUUAUGUAGUAAGUCAGUGUGUGGAGGGGGGAUGGAGAGCUGAGGUAAAAACGAGUCUUUUUGUGUGAAAGUCCUUUACAAAUCCAAAAUUAUGUGAAACGUUUCUCAUAAGUGUUUGUUUUAAAAUGGGAACAAAACCAGAAAUGUUUUGACUCAAAUCUCACAAAACGUCAUGCAUUAAGUUACAUUGUGAGUCGGGCAAUGUUUCGAUAUUCUCUCAGUGGCAGAGCUUCCCAGUCAGACACAAUAUAUUUUUUUUAGGAUUUUCAUUUUUAAAACAAUGCACUUCCUGUAACAGAAAUUGUGGGAUUUCUAUAGCUUGUGUCCACCGACCACUACCUGGUGGUGAGUUGGUUCCGCUGGUGGGGGAGGG